AUGAUUGAACGAUUGAAGUUUUUGUAUCAGAAUCCGAAGAUCCAAGAAAUGAGAUACGAUCGAUUAUGGCAUGUUUGGGAAUCAUUUCUUCAUUUUCUUUUCCCAAUCUAUGUCCUACUCGUCGAAUUCGUCUAUACUUUGUUGUACAUCGGGAAAUCGAGAACUUACAUCUCAACUCAACCAAAUAAUCCCGUUUUAACCCAAUCUGCCACAUGUACUCAUCGAGAAAUCAUUGAGGGGAAAAUCACGUGCCUUCAAGUUGUUGAUGCUUUUAUUGAAAGAUUGGAAGAGGUGGACAAAGUAGUGAACGGAAUCUGUUAUCGAAACUAUUCAACAGCAAGGACAAAAGCUCAAGCGAUCGAUGAAAUGUUGAACGCAUUGAGUCACGAGAAAAGAAAUGAACUCUCAACACAUCGUCCCUUCUUGGGCGUACCGAUUACUGUGAAAAACAACAUCAAUGUGAAAGGAUUUCGAACGACUUGUGGAUGGUUUAAACAAAAAGACAAUGUAGCCACAGAAGAUGCGCCAUCUGUACAAAGAAUGCGAGAAGCUGGUGCAAUUAUCGUUGCUCUAACAAAUGUACCCGAGUUUUGUUUAUGGAUCGAGACAUCAAAUUCAAUGUUUGGACAAACAAAUAAUCCCUAUGAUACAAGACGAACAUGUGGUGGAUCGAGUGGAGGAGAGGCGGCUCUUAUCGCUUCUGGAGCCUCUGUGAUUGGUAUUGGAACGGAUAUUGCGGGAAGUAUUCGUGUCCCUUGCAUGUUCUCAGGUCUCUUCGGAUUAAAACCAAGCGUCGGUAUUUCCCCAAUUGAUGGCCUUUUCCCAAUCGAUCAAUCAUCUCGCGCUUCCAUGCAAACUGUUGGACCGAUGUGCCGAUAUGCUGAAGAUUUGGAGCCAAUGUUUAAAGCAAUAUGUCUGCCCAGUAAAUUCACUCAACUUCUUCCAUCAAAGGAACUCAAAGAGAUCAAAUUUUUCUCAUUUCCUGGUUUUCGUGGUGGCCUCACUGAGAAAUUGACUGAUGAACAGAGAAGUGUAUUUGAUAAGACCAUUUCGUUCUUCGAGAAAGAAUUUAAACGUCCGAUUCCUUCUGUGGACAUUCCAUAUCAAGAUCAAAUGUACGAGAUUGUGGCCAUUUUUCUACAAGAUGGUUUAGAGAAACCAUAUUGUGAUAUCAUGGAAGGGACAAAGAACCCUCGCGAGUUUGUGGUUGAUGGAGUAAAGACCAUUUUUGGAUCAAAGGAUACUAAACUUUCAAAGCUUUCGCUGCAGGUUAAUGUGAACUCGAUUUUCAUGCAUGGAACGACAAAAGAACAAGUUGAAAAGGCGAUUAAAUUGAGAGAUCAAGCUUCGGCAGCAAUGUGUGAGCUACUUGGAGAUGAUGGUAUUUUGUGUAUCCCAGGAUGGCCAACACCAGCUCCUCAUCACAAUGUCACUGUGUGGAAACAUUCAACAAUCGCGCAAACUGCUGUUUGGAAUGCUUUGGGAAUGCCGGUGAUCACGGUGCCUCUCGGUCUCUCCAAACAAGGAUUACCAUUAUCUGUACAAUUCACCGCCUCGAAAAACAAUGAUCUCACUUUAUUGAAGUUGGCUGAAUAUCUUGAUGGACAUUCAAAUCAUUGCAUCAAUCCUGAAGUUUUCCCCGGUUUUGUCGCUCCAUGGACUCUCAAUCAA